AUGUCGUCGGUGACAAAUCAAAUUUUACAUUCUUACAUCUCGGAACAGUUGAAUAAUUUCAGUCGCAUCGACAAAAGAUGCUGCAUCAAAUUUAUGGGUUAUUUAUUUGCCAUUGAUCCACAAUUUUUUGCCAAAAUUGUCAAGGAUUUACGUUUACGCCUGCGUCCACAUAUCGAUAAUAACGGCCAGGAAUCGGUUAUUGUGUUUAAGGAGAAAUGUUCACACAACACGGUGGAGAUAAUGGAUUUGAAGGUGACAACGGAAUCGCUAAAGGAUAUGUAUAUGUUCCACUGCGGUUCAGAAUUUUGUGGUAGCCAACAGGAAUUUGAAAUGUCGGCGGAAUUUUUUAGUCCCGGCAAUGUACCACCCACGGUGCCACCACAUCGUUUUUCAUUGGGUCCCCUCAAGCAAUCCAUUGCUCGAUGCAAUGAAAUGGGCCAGCAGAGCUUUCAAAUGAAAUGUCCAAUGCAACCAUACAAGGAGGUGGUUCUGAAUGCCUUAUCGCGCAGCCGGGUGGUGGUGAUAAAUGGUGGUGCAACAUUUGGCAAAUCCACCGCCAUACCCAUGUACAUCAUUGAGAAAUGUAGCGAGGAGAAGCGACACUGUAAAAUCAUAUGUGUGGAAAGGGAACAAUUGGUCGCGAUACACAACAGUGAAUUACUGGCUGGCCAUUUCCACGAAAAGGUCGGUGAAACUGUGGCCUAUCAGGUCCAACUACAAAGUCGCAUUAGUGAUUCAUCGAAUCUAGUUUAUACCACAUCAUGUUUCCUAUUACGUGUCCUAAUGGGCCAAUCAAUUGUGGAUAGCUUUCGCCAUAUCUCCCAUCUGGUGGUUGUCGAUGCCCACUUGCAUGAAGCCUUUUCAGAUUUAUUGUUGCGCGAACUGAAAGUGGCCCUAAAAUAUCAUCCAUAUUUAAAGGUGAUUUUAUUAUCGAACUAUAGUCGAAAUUACGAAUUUCUACAAUACUUUGGAGAGGGUGAAGAGAUAUCCCUUGAAAUGAAACCACAUGAAAUUACCAAAAAUGAUCUGUUCUAUUAUGAUGAUAUACGUAAACUAUUGCCUGAAUCCACAGGGCCAUCUUUUAUGAUACGCAAAGCAUUUCAAACUUUGCCGAUUUUGUUGCCGCACAAUAGGGACUCUAUGGAGUUGAAUGCCCUGCAAUUGGAUAAAUGUUUGGAAACAUAUGAACGCUCGGCUCAUGAUAAAUGUUUUGAAUUUUUCCUCUACAUGGUUCAGGGCGAAAAUGCCAAUAUAAAUUAUCGUCACAGUGUUACGGGUAGGACGGUUCUAAAUAUUGCCUCAAUGUUGGGUAAAGUAGAACAUGUCAAAAUUCUUCUGCAAUUGGGUGCUGAUCCCUUUAUUACCGAUAAAUUGGAUGUGGAUGCUUUAAAGGUGGCCAUCUCCAUGAGUAAUUUGGAAUGUGUUGAACUGCUGAAGGUGGCCUAUUUUGACAAGUCACCACAAAUCAAGGAAAAUUAUGUUGAUCAUUUACUUAUAUUGGAUAUAAUAAACAUGGUGACCACUAAAAAUGAUAUUUGGAGAAGGGGUAACAUCAUUGUCAUUCUACCCUCCUAUCAACAUUUAAUACAACUGAACUAUGCUAUAUUGAAGGAGAAACUAUUGGGUAAUCUCCCCCAACAAAUUGCCAUCUUUAUGCUACACAAUCACACUGAGAAAUCACAUUUGGAUGCCAUGAUUACCAGCGAUCCGAAAGUUAUUAAAAUUAUCUUAAGUACCGAUAUUGCUGAAACUCUAAUGUGUUUUGAUGAUCUCUUGUAUGUUAUUGAUGUUGGGCGCCAUUAUCGCAGGGUAUUUGAUAGUGAGGCCCAAUGUAAGAAACAUGUUUAUGAAUGGUCGGCAAAACAGAAUUUAGAAAAUCGUCGUUUGUUGUUGUCACAAAAUAGCGGUGUUUGCUUUCGUCUAAUACCCAUGGAACUGUACGAACAAUUACCCGAAGUACAAACCCCCGAUUUGUUGACCAAACCUUUGGAUCGCGUCUGCUUGGCUGUCAAACUACUUUCCCAGCACACCAUGGUAUCGGAAUAUUUACAAGAGACCAUAGUGAAGCCACCUUUUAUAAAAGUCUAUCAGGCUGUAGAACAUUUGAAAAAAAUCAGUGUUUUUACCGAACUCGAAGAUAUAACCUGGCUUGGUUGUCGUCUUAUUGAUGUGCCGGUUGAAUGUCAUUUGGGUAAAUUAUUGGUAUUCGCAAUACUACUCCAAUGUUUGGACCCCAUUCUAACAAUAGUCAGUUUUAUGACAACUCUCGACCCCUUUGAACUCUCCCAUUUUAUUGAUGACGAACAGCUUGAACCAUAUCGUGAUGUUAUAAGGCAAAAAAUUAAAGAUCAACGAAAACAUUUUGCCGAAGGCCAUUGCUCAGAUCAUUUAAUGUUUUUGCGUUUAUAUCAAGAAUGGCAAAAUGAUUUGCGGGAUGAUAGUAUGGACAGCAUACCGAGUAAAUAUAAUUUCACUUUGAAUGGUCUGCUGGAAUAUGUGUGUAAUGUCAGGACACAACUUGUGGGUGCUCUACGAUCAUCACAAUUAAUCCAUAACAAAGGCAAUUUGAGUAUGCACUAUAUUAAUUUGAAAUCAAAUUGUUGGCCCAUUAUUAAGGCAGCCUUGGUUGGUGGCCUUUACCCCAGUCUGUGUGUUGUGGAUACCCAUUGCAAUCGUUUGAAAUCACCAAAUAAAAAUGAAUUGGUUGUGCAUCCAGAUUCAGUAUUGCGUGAUUUAAAUUUGGAUUCUAUGCGAGAUAUGAAAUAUAAAUCACCAUGGAUUAUCUAUGGGCAAGCCAGCAAAUCUUGGAAUUGUAAUAGUAUUCGGUGUAAUACAAUUAUAGCUGGUAUAAGUGUGGCUUUGUUUGCAGGUCCCACAAAAUUAUCAUCUUCCAGUACAAAAAUAACCACACCCACAAAUGCCACAGAAAAUUCGGAGUGUUUGCUACACAUUGAUGAUUGGAUUUCGUUUAAAUUGAACUACAAGGAAGCCUGCCUGUUGCUGAAAACCCGACAACAUUUCUACAACAUAUAUGUCAAUUAUUUACAACGUUGUGGUCUAUUGGAAAAAUUCAAACGACAAAAUGUAUCCUCAUCAUCGGGUGCGGGACAAAAUUCUAUGCUCUUUGAUUGUAUUGAAAAAAUCUUGGUGCAGGAAGAUUUGGCCAAUGGUUUUAAACAACCUGAAAGAAUUGGUCUCCGUCCGAAAGCAGUACCGAAUAAAUUAAUGAUGACUUUGAAUGGUGGCAUGUUAAUGUCAUCAUGCCUAUACAGAUCACAAUAUCACCACCAGUCAAAUAUGUCAACGGCUAAUAUCAAUUUUCAUUUGCGUAAUAAACAAUAUAUUAUGGUGUAUCGGAAAGAUUUGAAUGAUAUGGCGGCUGGUGGUGGUGAUUGUAUGAUGAAUACCGCCGCUUUACGCCACUCGGAAUGGUUUCAUACGUUGAGCACACUGUUGGAUGUUAAAACCGAUUCAAAUAAGCUUACGUUUGUAGUAUUCUAUACAAGACAUCCGGAUCUGUUGCGUAGUGUUUAUAUGGUCGAAUGGAAUAAUGGCCAUUUGGAAUUAUAUCCUUGCUUUAAAUUCAAUAUAAAUCUUCAUUGUGUUUUAAACAAUGCCAACAAUGCCGCCCUCUCCAUGGCAAUUGGCCAAAGAAGAAACGUCUUUGCCUUGGAUCAAAAUACUGGUUUAUUUAUAUUGAAUAUGUUUGCUUAUCGUAACAAUUGGCUACACAGCAGCAACAAUUGA